CUGAGAAUGAAAUAACUAUAUUUUUUAUUCUCAACAUUCACUACUUCUGGUUUUAUGGAGAAACUAAAACACAUCGAUGUAUGUUAAACUUAAAAUUAAAAAAGGAUUAUUGAAAUGAAAAAUCAAAUGCAUAUCGCUGGUACUCGGAAAUCCAAGAAAUGAAGGGUGAUAUGAUGAUAAUAAUGACAACACUAAAAAAGCUGAAGUCUUUGGUAAUUUUAUUUUUGAAAAGACAGAGAGAGAGAGUGAGAGAGUAUGAUAAUGUCACUGGCAAGGGUGUUUCAAAGUUGAACACAGACUCAAAAGCCUUAACCUUGUUAAGGGUGGUGGCUGGCUAUCUUGAGUUCUUGCUUCAUUUUCAUUGUGAAAGAAACUCUGCGCCGGAAGAAAUGGAGUCUGUGUGGUUCUCCACCACUGGAUCUGCUGUCCCCCGUGUUGGCUUCUUGGCCAUCUUACUGCUGUCACUGCUAUUGUGCACAACAUUCUCUUCUACUGAAGCCUAUGAUGCACUUGAUCCAACCGCCAACAUUACAAUCAAAUGGGAUGUCAUAAGCUGGACACCGGACGGCUAUAUUGCUGUUGUUACAAUGUACAACUUUCAACAGUAUCGGCAUAUUCAGGCUCCUGGGUGGAUACUAGGGUGGACAUGGGCAAAGAAGGAAGUAAUUUGGAAUGUAGUGGGAGGCCAAACCACAGAGCAAGGGGAUUGUUCAAGGUUCAAAGGGAACAUUCCUCAUUGUUGUAAGAAGGAUCCAACUGUUGUGGAUUUACUUCCUGGAACUCCUUACAACCAGCAGAUUGCCAAUUGUUGCACUGGGGGAGUCCUAACUUCAUGGGCCCAGGACCCUGAACAUGCAAUAAGCUCAUUUCAACUCAGUGUUGGUUCUGCAGGAACAACUAACAAAACGGUCAAACUGCCAAGAAAUUUUACCCUCAAAGCACCAGGGCCUGGUUAUACUUGUGGACCUGCAAAGAUUGUGAAACCAACUAAAUUUAUUACCAAAGACAAGAGGAGAACCACUCAAGCAUUGAUGACCUGGAAUGUUACUUGCACGUAUUCUCAAUUCCUAGCUCAGAAGACUCCAACUUGCUGUGUUUCUCUUUCAUCCUUCUACAACAAUACAAUAGUAAACUGCCCUACCUGCACCUGUGGUUGCCAAAACAAAACAGAACCUGGAAGCUGUGUAGAUCCUAAUUCCCCACAUUUAGCUUCAGUUGUAUCACCCCCAGGCAAAGCUAUAAGUACACCUCUGGUCCGGUGCACCAAUCACAUGUGUCCUAUUCGAGUGCAUUGGCACGUGAAACUUCAAUAUAAAGAGUACUGGAGGAUCAAGAUUACAAUCACAAAUUUCAAUUACAUAGUGAACUAUUCACAAUGGAACCUUGUUGUCCAGCAUCCAAACUUUGACAAUUUAACUCAGGUUUUCAGCUUUAACUACAAGCCGAUAACGCCUUAUAUGGGCUUAAAUGAUACUGGUAUGCUGUGGGGAGUAAAGUUCUACAAUGAUUUACUUACUUCAGCAGGACCCCUUGGGAAUGUGCAGUCUGAGCUCUUAUUCCGAAAGGACAAAUCAACCUUCACAUUUGAUAAGGGAUGGGCUUUCCCUCGAAGAAUUUAUUUCAACGGAGAUAACUGUGUAAUGCCACCUCCUGACGCCUAUCCAUGGCUGCCAAAUGCAAGUUCAAGACUAGUUUUCUCUUUACUAAGCACAGUUUUUGGCACUUUAGCCUGUGUGGUAAUGUUAUUGACUUAACCAUGUUGGAGAAUCUAUAUAUGCGGAACAUAAAAGGAGUUAUCUUCUCUUUUGAAGUUACAUAAGUUAUCUGCACAUGAUUGCUGAAGCUGAAGUCGUUCACACGGUUCAUAGUAUGCAUGGAACACAAGAACCCUGUUCAAUUCUGUUAUUUACUUAGAAAGGUGGAUUUUACUCCCUCGUGUAUGUUGUAGCUUUUUGCGUUGUAAAAUUAUGUAGUUGUUACUUUUUCUUUGUUCUUUCUCUUCGCUCUUUAGAGUAGACAAUUGAUCUCCCAGCAUUUUGAUGAAUUCAAGCAUAAAGUUUAGUCAGCACCUUCUACACCUUUCUAGAGUGAUUUUCUCUUCAUUUUUUGUAUGUAUAAAUUAUCGAUGUUCAUUUUAGCUUCUAUGUCUUAUCAUUUGUACGUGAAUGAUCAUCAUUAUUAGUGUUGAAAAUAAUUUAAAUGUGAA